AUGAACAAGUCUAUCAUUUUCGCUGUUAUUACUUUCGCUGCUGUCGUUUGCAUUUAUGCGAAACCCGGUUACUUUGGACAAUCGUACAAUGCUCCCUCCUAUUUAUACAGUUCCCCAGUUUAUGCCAAACCUGCAGUUGCAUAUAAUGCUCCAUCUGCUUCAGCUGCGGCUGCAGCUGCCUCGUCCGUAGCCAGUCCUGGUUAUUUGUAUCAUGUACCCUCUUAUGUCAUUGAUGGUGGCAAUUCCGGUUAUGCCAUUUAUAACCCUGGUUAUAUUAACGGUUAUAAUGCAGUUUACUAA